CCCGGAAGCACUGCUCACUUGCCUCCGUUCGCCUGCCCUCGCCUCUCUACCGCCUUCCUCUGGCGCGCGCGAGUUUAGCCUCUCUUUCUAUUUUUUUUUUGUCUCCUUUCGGGAACUUAUCGACUAUAACCGGUGAGCGGUGAUUGACUCGUGAGACGACGGCGCGGACAGUGUGUCUGUGACGUGGACACGUCGCCAGUGUGAGUGCAGCAGUGUCGUUGGUGUGUGAGCACGGACGUAGCUCCAGCUACAAUGAGCGACUACUUCAGCCUGUCAGACUGCGAUGUUAUCGGCUUCGACCUGGACCACACGCUCUGCCGCUACCGUCUGAAGGAGAACUCCAGGCUCAUCUAUGAGAGCUUUACCAGGUUUCUGGUGGAACACAAAGGCUACGACAAGGACCUGCUGAACCUCACUCCUGCUACCUGGGAUUUCUGUUUCAAAGGACUUGUGGUGGAUCUGGAGGAGGGAAACCUGGUGAAACUGGCUGAAGAUGGCACUGUCUUGCGAGCGACGCACGGAACCAAUGACCUCAGCACAGAGGAGAUCAUCAAACGUUAUGGGCCUAAAAGGGAGUGGAAGCACUUCAACAGCCUCAACACCUCCUUCACCAGAUCUGCAAAGUACUAUUUCUAUGACAACUACUUUGAUCUACCUGGUGCUCUUCUCUGUGGAAGAGUUGUGGAUAUGUUGCACAAGCGAGGAAAUGAGGUGAAUCCCGACUUUUGGAAAGACAUAGUUGCUGCCAUCGACCACAAUUACAACACGUCUGCAUUCAAAGACGACACAGGGACAUAUUUCCCCGGUGUGAAGAGAGAGCCAGGCCGGUACCUGCAGCCGUGCUCUGACUCUGUAAAGACCUGGCUGCAAAGCAUGAAGAGCGCCGGGAAGAUCCUCCUCCUCAUCACCAGCUCUCACAGCGACUACUGCAGGCUCAUCUGUGAACACGUCCUGGGGAAGGAUUUCGAGGAGCUGUUUGACGUCAUCAUCACAAACGCCCUCAAGCCCGGUUUCUUCUCGCUGGUGCCCCAGCAGAGGCCCUUCAGGACCUUGGUGAACGACGUGGAGGAGAAAGAGGGCCUGCCUUCGUUGGACAAACCCGGCUGGUACUCUCAGGGCAACUGGCCCCACCUCCACGAGCUGCUGACAACCAUGACGGGCAAACCGGAGCCAAAGGUGGUGUAUUUUGGAGACAGCAUGAGGUCAGACAUGUUCCCCGCCAGCAGCUUCGGGAAGUGGGAAACAGUGAUGAUAGUGGAGGAAAUGGAGGGGGAGGGGAUCCAGAAGAGCGACGCGGCGAUGUCUAAUGAGGCCCAAGUGGAGCCGCUGGAGAAGAAGGGAAAGUUUGAGGAGCAGGGCAUGAAGUCACCCUCUGACGUGUCCAACCAGUGGGGCUCGUACUUUGUCGACGUAUACAGAAGUGGAGGAGAAGACGAGGAGAGCCAGAAACUGACCUGGUGCAGCCAGUGCAUUCACAAAUACAGCACUAUGGCCAUUCCUAGUGUGGAGCACAUAGCAGAUCUGCCUCUGGAUUUCAAGUUCCCCAGGUUCUCUCCUGACAAGCCCUGCACCACCGGCUACUACCCCCGGCCCCCGGAUUCUUUGCUGAAGUGGUGCGAGAGUCUGUCGUAAAGAAGUAAAACAAAAAAAAAAGAGAAAAAAAAGGAAAACGGUUUGAGAGAAAGAAAGAAAAAAAAAAAAGAAGUCCUCCCUUACCCCCUCUGCCUCAGGAGAGGAAUGUGCCUCCAUAUUUGCCUGUAGUCUCCCACCUGACCCCCGCCCGCCGCCAUCUGUGGAGCACAGGAAGCAUCAAGUCCUCACACACAUUCAGAGAAACCAUGUGAAUGUAAGCCACAGUAUCUCUGUAAUAACGCCUGAACGUUGUUUCGUGGUUAGUGUACUGUGUACCACAAAAAUAAGUGUGCGUGUCUGCAUACAGUAAUAAUAAGAGAUGUAGUGUUAAAUGUGUGACACCCCCCCCCCCCCCUCUUUAUUUUCUAUGGUUGAUUGUGUUUCAAAACUUUUCUGGGGGAUAAAAGGGAACCUCUUCUUUCUCCUUAAGUGAUUACCUCAAGAAUGUUAUUGACAGUCACAGUGUCUGUCCCUCAUUGUGACAGUAUUUAUGUUUCACACCCCUUAUUUUUUAAAUAAAAUAAAAAAAGAUUUAGUUUGACUGUAUGCAUUGACUCACCUUAAAGGGAUUGUUGAAGGCUUUUUGAAGCGUGACCGUAUACGGUGAUGACACAGAGUCAGUGCUGACAUGCAUGUGCUUAAGUGGUUAAAAAUGAUGUUCACCACUUAACUAAACGCUCACCCAAUCAAAUUUUAGACCAGUUAAUGUCUUUGAUAUCCAAAAAAAAAAAGCUUUAUCUCGCCGUUAGGCAUCCUUCUUGACCACUCACUCUCCCACACCAAAGUCCAUUGAGAAAAUCAGUGAUUUUAGCUAAUAGGUCUCCUGCUCCCUCAUUUGGUAAGUUUGUUUCACUGAUGUAGUAAACCCUAACAAAGAAUCAAACCCUGAAUCAACAAUAUAACAUAAUCCACCCUAAUGAUGGACACAGCAGUUGGUCCACAGCUGCUGCUUCGUCCAAACUAAACUCAAAUCUGUGAUUUUCUCUGUGGAAUUUGGUGCAGGAGAGUGAGCGGUUUCACACUUUCCUGUUGGAAAAGACUGUAAAGUCGUUCUUCUAACAACAUACUCUUAUUAUGGCAUCAAUUCUGUACGGUGAUCCUAUUGUUGGCCCUUCUGGUAGCCGUGUUUGAGUGAGAGCAAGCCACUGUGUCUCUGAGCAGGGGUGCGCUUACAGCACUGUCAGCUGUAAUUAUGUGUGAUUAUCCGUGUUCAUAAUCACAUACGCAGGACUGUAUUAAGACUUCAGAAGAAGAAGUACAAACCACACUUCAAAAACACCUGACUUACCCCUUAAAGUUUUGAGGUUUACUGUUUCCCCCCCGUGUUAGUUUAAUGGAAGGUGUUUUACUUUUCAGGUCAUUGCUGCUAAAAAAGUGGCACAAUGCUGUCCUUUGUGUUGGCUGUUUCGUAAAACACAACUUUGGGAAACAACGCUACUACUACUACUACUAAUAAUAAUAAUAAUAAUAGUAAUAAUUAAUGAUAAACACUAUGUUAGAUGUUCUCUGUGUUAUUUUGGUGCAGCGGUGACAUGUGCUCUUUGAGUGAUUAAAAAUGUGAACUACUUGUGCUUCAUUCAUAUGCAGUACCAGAGUGACAUAAUAUAUGCUUUAAAAGCCU